AUGGAUGUUACAGUUUCUGAUGUUAAUGGGAAUUUACCGGCUCAUAUGGCAGCUGAUGGUAAUAAAGUUGAGAUUUUCAGAUAUCUUAAAUCAACUGGAAUUGAGUUGAAUCGAUGUAAUAAUAAAGAACAGACUGUAGUGCAUAUAGCAGCGGCAGCUGAUGCACUGGAUGUUUUAAACUUUCUCAAAAAUGAAUGUAAAUUUUCUCUAAAUUUAGAUUUAUGUGAUAAAUAUGGAAAUACACCCAGUCACUGUGCAUCUGCCCAUAAUGCAUUUAAAGCUAUAAAAUAUCUUAAAGAACAAGGGGCAAAUCUAAGCAUUUCCAAUAAGAAGAAUUAUACACUUGUUCAUACAGCUGCUGAAAAUGGUGCAUUAGAGGUACUACGGUAUCUACUUGAAGAUUGUAAAAUAGAUGUUUCCGUUUCUGAUAUCUAUAGGUGGCUACGGGCUCAUACGUUAGCUCCUCGUAAUAAAGUUGAGAUUUUAGAAUAUCUUAAAUCAAUUAAAACUGAGUUAGAUUAA